AUGGCUAUCUCGAGUGGGCGCAUAAGACCCAACCUUAGCUUCAGCAUUAAGAGAUAUUCCGCCCCGCACAAAUUUACAACCAAAGGAACGAAAAACGUGGAAAACGCAUUAAAAUUCUACAUCAAUGGUCAGUGGGUUGAGCCUUCAACCACUGACACGCUUGAUGUCAUCAAUCCAGCAACGGAACAGUCCAUUGGUAAGAUAGCCAUGGGUGGCGAAGCAGACGUCAAUGCUGCAGUUGCUGCCGCAAAAGCUGCUUUUGAAACUUAUUCGCAGACAACCAAAGAAGAGCGCAUCGCGCUGCUGGAAGCGAUUAUCGCCAAAUACGCUGAACGUAUGGGUGAUGUGGCAACCGCCAUCAGCCAGGAAAUGGGUGCACCGUUAGGACUGGCUAAUGCAGCUCAGGCGCCUUCGGCACUUGGACACUUCAUGACGACACUGGAAGUGUUAAAAAACUUUGAGUUCGAAGAAGAUAUCGGUACAUCUCACGUAAUUCGCGAACCCGCUGGUGUCUGUGGUUUGAUCACACCCUGGAACUGGCCGCUCAAUCAGAUUGCGUGCAAGGUUGCACCUGCACUGGCUGCUGGCUGCACCAUGGUGCUGAAGCCUUCGGAAGUUGCCCCUAUGAACGCCAUUGUGUUCGCUGAAAUUCUGCAUGAUGCCGGCGUACCACCGGGUGUAUUCAACCUCAUCAACGGUGAUGGACCAAAUGUCGGCGCGCCGCUGUCGUCGCAUCCGGAUGUCGACAUGAUGUCCUUCACCGGUUCUACCCGCGCGGGCGUUGAAGUGGCUAAAAAUGCUGCGCCAACCGUCAAGCGUGUGGCUCAGGAACUGGGUGGAAAGUCAGCCAACAUCAUUCUUGAUGACGCUGAUUUCACGAAGUCUAUCUCUCGUGACGUGUUUGGCAUGUGCAUGAACUCAGGUCAGUCCUGUAAUGCACCUACUCGUAUGCUGGUACCCAAUGCCCGCAUGGAUGAAGCUGCCGCCAUUGCCAAAGCUGCUGCUGAGCAGGUCAAGGUAGGCGAUCCCACAGCGGAAGGCACCACCAUUGGUCCGGUUGUGUCUGAAGUCCAAUUCAACAAAAUCCAGAAUCUGAUCCAGAAGGGUAUAGAUGAAGGCGCCAAACUCGAAAUUGGCGGUACCGGUCGUCCUGACGGUUUGAACGUAGGCUAUUACAUCAAGCCCACGGUUUUCUCUCAUGUCACCAACGAUAUGACCAUUGCCCAGGAAGAAAUUUUCGGGCCGGUAUUGUCAUUGAUUGGCUACGAAGAUGAAGAAGAUGCGGUGCGUAUUGCCAACGACACGCUUUACGGCCUGAGUGGUUAUAUUUCAUCCAGCGACCCGGAGCGUGCCAAGCGCGUAGCUCGUCGGAUCCGCACGGGUAACGUUCACCUCAACGGUGCGCCGGUUGACAAUAACGCGCCUUUUGGCGGCUACAAGCAGUCUGGUAAUGGUCGUGAAUGGGGAGGAUCCAUGCAGCCACUUGAGGGUAUUAAAGUGGUCUCUAUCGAGCAGGCUGUAGCGGCACCUUUGUGCAGCAAGCGACUGCUGCUGGCGGGUGCUGAAGUGUUCAAAGUUGAGCGCCCGGAAGGCGAUUUUGCGCGUUUCUACGAUACCGCAGUAGCCGGUGAAAGCACUUAUUUUGUCUGGCUGAACGGCGGUAAAAAGUCUGUGGUUUUCGACCUGCGCGAACCGGACCAGCUAGAUCUGCUGCAAGAACUCAUCAGCCGCAGUGACGUGCUGGUGCAGAAUUUGAAACCUGGCGCCCUCGACAAACUUGGCUUGGGGUUGGAAAAGCUGCAUGAGUGCUAUCCGCAUCUGAUUUCAGUUUCGAUCACGGGCUUUCAUCCGGACGGACCUGGCGCGCAGCGCAAAGCUUAUGAUCUGCUGAUGCAGGCUGAAGCCGGGCUUGCAUCCAUUACCGGCUCUCCCGACGCACCUGGGCGGGUCGGCGUUUCAGUGGUCGACAUCGCAACCGGUAUGUUUGCUUACGAAGCGGUUUUAGAAGCUGUGCUUGUGCGGCGUUCCAGCGGCACUGGCGAACGCAUCAACGUGUCCCUUUUUGAUGCGGUUGCGCAGUACAUGAGCGUGCCUUACCUGUUAACCCGAUAUGGCUCAGGACCACCUGGGCGGGUCGGCCUGGCUCAUCCGGGGAUCUGCCCUUAUGGCGUCUUCGAAAGCGCCGAUCACACAGCCUUUGUCAUGUCUGUACAGAACGAAGCAGAAUGGCAACGUCUGUGUCAGCUGGACACAACACUGCAGCCGCUGGCGCAAGAUGACCGAUGCCUGGACAACGAAACCCGCGUGGCCCACCGUGUUUUUGUGGAUGCAGCUUUGCAGGUGUACUUUGCCAGCUGUGCCUAUGAGGACCUUGCGGUAAAGCUUGAUGCAGCUGACGUGGCUUUUGCGCCGGUGAACAGUGUGUCAGCGUUUGCCGAACAUGCGGAUCUGCGCACCAUUAAUGUUGAUGUGCAUGGUAUAAACAUCGAACUGCCUGUGGUUCCGGGGCGUGCGGCUAACCAGGAGGAACUGCAGAUGACGAUUAGAGCCACGCUGGAUUCGGGUCAAGCCCUAUCCAGUGAACUGUUGGAACAACUAACGGCAGCGCUGCAGCCACAGAGCAAUGACAUUCGGCGUGGCGUUAUUUUGCUGGCGUUUGGAUUGGCGUUUAUCUGCCUUGCCUUUCUUAUUGGUGACGAAGAUGCCUUCGGGCCGAUGCUGGGUUUCGCGACUUUUCCGAUUUUCACGGGUUGCGCCUACCUGCUGAUGGGUACCCGCGCGGAGCGCCACACGGCUUACACCGUUCUGGUGACGCGCUACCAGGGAUUUGUCCGUUCGAUGUUGCUGGGUUUGACCCGCCAGCCAGCCCUGGCUGAUGAUCUUACCCAGGAUACAUUUCUGACGGCCUGGCAGAAGCUGAACACCCUCACGGCACCGGAGAAAUUUGGCGGUUGGUUGAAACAGCUGGCUUACCGUCACUUUCUACACAGCUAUCGGCGUCAACAGACUGAGCAGAAACACCUGCCUGAAGCGGUUGAUCCUGUUGUAGAGGCUGAACAUCCAGCGGAUGUUGAUGCUGAACUCAAUGAGCUCCUGGCGUUGUGUAACCCAAUCGAGCGCGAAAUUAUGGUGCUGUAUUAUGGCUUUGAGUUUACCCACAAAGAGAUUGCGGCGCCGGCCUUUAAAGUUUACGAGGAUGAAUACUCGCUGGCGUUUAUGGACGUCAUGCCUCAGGUUGACGGACACACUCUGGUUAUACCGAAAUGUGAAGCGAAGGACUUGUCCGACGCAGAUCCAGUUGUGCUGGCGAAAACCAUCCAAAGCGUACAGCUGGUCGCAGCGGCAGUGAAAGAAGCAUUCUCUGCACCAGGCAUCAUGCUCGCACAGUUAAACGGCGCUGCGGCGGGACAAACAGUAUUUCAUCUGCACUUUCACAUUAUGCCAAGACAUGAUGGCCUGGCCCUGGGCAUGCAUGCCAGGGAAAUGCAGGAUUUUGCUAUCCUGGAAGCACAUGCUGAACAGAUCCGCAAAUGCCUCGCCGAUCAGGACGCAAGCAGCCUGGAUGCCGGUUACCUGUCGGAAGACAAGCAGGAAUGGCUGGAAUCCCUGGAGUCUAUUCACGCGGAGUUUGGUGACGCAGGCGUACGUGAGAUCUUACGGAGCCUGCAGGAUCACGCUCUACGCUUAAAUGUGCCGUUAGGUGAGGCGACGCUGAAUACGCCUUAUGUCAACACUAUAGCCGUUGAAGACGAGCCUGCUUAUCCCGGCGACCUGGCGCUGGAAGCCAGGAUCGAAAAAAUUAUUCGCUGGAACGCCAUGGCGAUGGUCCUGCGCGCCCAGGAUGCGGGGGUUGGCGUGGGUGGUCACAUCGCUACUUACGCCUCGUGUGCCACCAUGCUGGAAGUUGGGUUUAAUCACUUUUUCCAAGGUUUCGAUGAAAAUAAUGAUCCGGAUAUGGUGCUACCUCAGCCUCAUGCGGCUCCUGGUAUUUAUGCGCGAGCCUGGUUAGAAGGACGAUUAACAACCGCACAGUUAGAAAACUAUCGACGUGAAUUAGGUGCUGGUGGCGGUCUUUCUUCUUAUCCGCACCCCCGCAGCAUGCCUGAUUUCUGGGAGAUGCCAAAUGCGUCCAUGGGUUUGUCAACACCAGCGGCCAUCUACGAAGCGCGGUUUGCCAAGUACCUGGAAAACCGUGGCCUCAAGCCGAAAAGUAACCGCAAAAUCUGGUGUUUUAUUGGUGAUGGGGAAUCAGACGAGCCGGAAGUGAUGGGCACCAUCAACAUUGCCGCCCGGGAAAAACUGGAUAACCUUAUCCUGGUUAUAAAUUGCAAUCUCCAGCGACUUGACGGUCCUGUUAGGGGAAAUGGGAAAAUUAUCCAGGAACUGGAACGCAUGUUCCGCGGCGCGGACUGGAAUGUGUUGAAGGUGAUAUGGGGAAGCGGGUGGGACCCGCUGCUUGCGCGAGAUAAAAAUGGCGUUUUGCGCAAACGUAUGGACCAGUGCCUUGAUGGCGACUAUCAAAUGUACUCUGUGUUGCCUGGAAAUGUUCAGCGAGAGCACUGGGUUGAAGGCAAUCCAGAACUUAAACGCAUGAUGGACACGCUCACCGAUGCGGAGCUGAAAGAAAUUAAACGCGGCGGACAGGAUCCAAAAAAAAUCUACGCCGCGUUUGAUGCCGCAGCCCAGGCUCGAGGCAAGCCGACGGUCAUUCUGGUUAAAACAGUGAAAGGUGACGGUAUCGGCGCCCAGGGCAAGAACACCGCCCAUCAGUACAAAAACAUGGGGCCCGAAGAACGGGUCAAAGUUGCGCGGGAGUUGGGCAUUCCGCUGGAUGAUGAACAGGCACGUCAAGCUGCAUUCUAUAAACCGGAAGCGGACAGCGAAGAAAUGCUGUAUCUGCAGGCCCGGCGAAAAGCGCUGUUCGGCUCAGUACCCAGGCGUCGUCAGGUGAGUCCAUCAUUGCCUGCGCCUGAGCGCACAGUUUUAAAAGAACUGCUCAAAGGCAGCGGCGAGCGUAGUGUCUCGACGACAAUGAGUAUGGUGCGCCUGCUGGGAACGCUCCUGCGGGAUAAAACCUUAGGCAAAUAUGUGGUGCCCAUAGUGCCUGACGAAGCCCGCACAUUUGGUAUGGACGGGCUGUUUAAAAUAGCCGGUAUAUAUGCACCUGAAGGCCAGAAAUACAAACCGGUAGAUGCAGACUCACUGCUGCCAUAUCGCGAAGCAUCGGACGGUCAGAUUCUGCAGGAAGGCAUCUGUGAAACCGGCGCCAUGGCGUCGUUCAUGGCUGCAGGCAGCGCCUAUGCGGUGCAUGGUUUGCCGAUGAUCCCAUUUUAUAUCUUUUAUUCCAUGUUCGGUUUCCAGAGAGUUGGUGACAUGGUCUGGAGUUGCGGUGACAUGAUGUGCCGCGGCUUUCUGCUUGGCGGCACGGCGGGGCGUACAACCCUGAACGGCGAAGGUCUCCAACAUGAAGAUGGACACAGCCAUGUGCUUGCCAGCACCAUUCCUAAUCUGAUCAGCUACGAUCCAGCUUUCGGCUACGAGGUUGCAAUUAUCGUCCGCGAAGGUCUGCGGCGCAUGUUCGAGGAGCAGGAAGACGUCUUCUAUUACCUGACGCUGUACAACGAAAACUAUCUGAUGCCCGGGAUAGAUGACGUAUGCAACACCUCCGGUCUGAGCGAAAGUGCCAUUGAAACCGGUGUGCUCCAGGGUGCCUAUCGAUUCGCCCACGCAGAGGUGGAUCCGGAUGCGCCCUGGGUGAAUAUACUUGCCAGUGGCAGUAUUUUUCAGCAGGCAUUGGACGCGCAGACAUUGCUGACGGAGAUGGGUUUCAAUGUUGCGCUGUACAGUGUGACCAGCUUUAUUGAGCUUGAGCGCGAGGCGCAGAGUUGCGCGCGUUACAACAGGCUGCAUCCGCUGGAUGAACAAAGAACCUCACACGUCGAGGCUUUGUUUGCUCAGGCUCCAGGUGUGUUUGUUGCGGUGACCGAUUAUAUGAAAAGCCUUGCUGCUGGCAUUGCACCCUGGUUGCCAGGUGAGCUUGAGGUGUUAGGUACCGAUGGAUACGGACUGUCGGAAUCCCGGCCUGCAUUGCGGCAACACUUUGAAGUAGAUGGCCAGCAUGUUUGUGCUGCGGCGCUGACGGGCUUGUAUCGGAACAAAUUAAUUGAUGGGCAGGUGUUGAACAGACAUCUGCAGAGUUUGAAGAUCAACGCGGAUCGUCCUGAUCCGCGUGAUCGCUAA